CAGGACCAAAGCCGCCGUCACGCUGAAGCGUCACAGGUAGCCUCGUUCAGGACGGACCCUUCUGGCAUUUGACCAUUUUGCAGUGGAAUACCGGAAACGCGCAAAUCUGGGUUUGAAGCUAUGAGCUCGGUAGCAGUGUUAACACCUGAGAGCUUUGCUGAGCACCGAAGCGGCCUGAGGGAUGAAGAAACGCGAGGUGGUGUCCCAGAGGAUGAGGCCUACAUCCCCACUUACUUGGAAGCUUUCCCCCCACUCCCGGAAAAGGGAGCCCCGGGGGAAAAGUCCAGUGAGUUUACAGGAGUAUGGAACAAGAUCCGGCCUAUCAAAUCCUCUGUCAUCACCCAGGUGUUUCACGUCCCCUUGGAAGAGCGACGCUACAAGGACAACAGCCAGUUCGGAGAAGGCGACGAGGCCAAGGUGUGCGUGGACAUCAUGCAGAAGACAGGGGCUCACAUUGAGCUCUCCUUGGCCAAAGACCAGGGCUUGUCUAUCAUGGUGACCGGCAAACUGGACUCCGUCAUGAAGGCUCGGAAGGAAAUAGUCGCUCGGCUUCAGACCCAGGCUUCAGCUACUGUCACAAUCCCCAAAGAACACCAUCGCUUUGUGAUCGGCAAGAAUGGAGAAAAACUGCAGGAGCUCGAGCUGAAGACGGCCACCAAGAUCAACAUCCCGUGGCCCGAGGACCCCAGCAACCAGAUCAAGAUCACUGGCACCAAAGAAGGCAUCGAGAAAGCUCGGCACGAGAUCUUGCUCAUCUCAGCCGAGCAGGAUAAGCGUGCAGUCGAGCGCUUGUGCCUGGAGAAGGCCUUCCACCCCUUCAUCGCUGGCGCCUUCAACAAAGUGGUGCAGGAGAUCGCGCAGGAGACGGGGGCCCGCAUCAACAUCCCGCCACCCAGCGUCAGCAAGGACGAGAUCAUCAUCACGGGCGAGAAGGAGCCCGUGGCCCAGGCACUCCUGCGGAUCCGCAAGAUCUAUGAGGAUAAGAAGCGCAAGACGACCACCAUCUCUGUGGAGGUGAAGAAGUCCCAGCACAAGUACAUCAUCGGCCCCAAAGGCAACACCUUGCAAGAGAUCCUGGACGCCACCGGAGUCUCCGUGGAGAUGCCGCCCCUCGAAAGCAGCUCGGAAACGAUCAUCCUCCGGGGGGAGCCUGACAAGCUGGGUCCAGCUUUGACUCAGGUCUACGCCAAGGCGAAGAGUGUGAUGGUAGCUGAAGUAACGGCCCCAGCCUGGUUACAUCGUUUUAUAAUCGGAAAGAAAGGGCAGAACAUUGGCAGAAUCACCCAGCAACUUCCCAAGGUUCACAUCGAAUUCACGGACGGGGACGAGAAGAUCACAUUGGAGGGACCCACCGAAGAGGUGGAAUUGGCUCAGAUGCAGAUACAGGAAAUCAUUCUGGAUCUGCUCGGUCGAAUGGAUUACACCGAAGUGCUCAUAGAUCAGCGAUUCCACCGCCACCUGAUAGGGAAGAACGGCGCCAACAUCAACCGCAUUAAGGAACAGCACAGAGUCUCCGUCCGCAUCCCCCCUGACAACGAGAAGAGCAACCUGAUCCGGAUCGAGGGGGACCCUCAAGGGGUUCAGCUGGCCCGCAAGGAGCUGCUGGAGAUGGCUGCUCGCAUGGAAAACGAACGCACAAAAGAUUUGAUAAUCGAGCAGCGCUUCCACCGGACCAUCAUCGGGCAGAAGGGCGAGAAGAUCAAGGAGAUCCGUGAUAAGUUCCCGGAGGUUAUCAUCAACUUCCCCGACCCCUCCCAGAAGAGCGACAUCGUUCAGCUGCGCGGCCCCAAAAACGAGGUGGAGAAGUGUGCCAAGUAUCUCCAGAAAGUCAUAGCGGAACUGAUUGAGAACAGUUUCUCCAUCCCCGUACCCAUCUUCAAGCAAUUCCACAAGAACAUUAUCGGGAAAGGAGGCGCCAACAUCAAAAAGAUUCGAGAGGAAACCAAUACCAAGAUUGACCUCCCCACAGAAAACAGCAACUCGGAAGUGAUCCUGAUAACCGGGAAGAAGGCCAACUGUGAGGGCGCUCGGGACCGCAUCCUGGCCAUCCAGAGGGAGCUGGCGAACAUCCGAGAGGUGGACGUGUCUAUCCCGGCCAAGCUGCACAACUCGCUGAUCGGGGCCAAGGGACGGCUGGUGCGCUCCAUCAUGGAGGAGUGCGGCGGGGUCCACAUCCACUUCCCUUCCGAGGGCUCAGGCAGUGACAAGGUGACCAUCCGGGGGCCCGGCGAGGAGGUGGAGAAAGCGAAGCGCCAGCUGCUGCAGCUUGCCGAGGAGAAGCAAAUCAACAACCACUCAGUCGAGCUUCAUGCCAAGCCGGAGUACCACAAGUUCCUGAUCGGGCGCGGUGGCGCCAACAUCCGUAAAGUGCGAGACCGCACCGGCGCCCGCAUCAUCUUCCCCACACCUGACGACAGGGAUCAGGAGCUCAUCACCAUAGUCGGAAAGGAGGACGCCGUCCGGCAGGCUCAGCACGAGCUGGAGAGCCUCAUCCGUAACCUGGAUAACAUAGUUGAGGAUUUGAUGCUGGUGGAGCCCAAGUACCACCGGCACUUUGUGGCGCGCCGGGGCCACGUGCUGCGAGAGAUCGCCGAGGAGUACGGGGGCGUCAUCGUCAGCUUCCCCAGGACGGGCGUCCAGAGCGAUCGCGUCACGCUCAAGGGAGCCAAGGACUGCGUGGAGGCGGCCAAGAAGCGCAUCCUGGAGAUCAUUGGCGACCUGGAGGCCCAGGUGGUGCUGGAAUGUGUCAUCCCGCAGCGCUUCCACCGCGUCGUCAUGGGAGCCAAAGGUUACCGGGUGCAGCAGAUCACUCGAGACCACGACGUCCAGAUCAAGUUCCCGGAGCGAGACGACAAUCCAGGUUCGGAAGUACAGCCUCAGGAAAACGGCGAUGUCAGCCCCGAGCCGGACUCCACCCCCCGCAAAUGUGACACCAUCCUAAUCUCGGGGCGCAAGGAGAAGUGCGAGUCGGCCCGGGCGGCAUUGCUGGCGCUGGUUCCCAUCACCGUGGAUGUGGAGGUCCCCUUUGAUCUGCACCGCUACGUCAUUGGGCAGAAAGGAGCCGGCAUCCGCAAGAUGAUGGAGGAGUAUGAGGUGAACAUCUCCGUGCCGCAGCCGGAGCAGCAGUCGGACGUCAUCAAGAUCACAGGCCUGGUCCCCCACGUGGAACGAGCCAGGAUGGGCCUCUUGGAGCGAGUCAAGGAGCUGCAGGCUGAGCAGGAAGACCGGGCAUUGCGGGGCUUCAAGCUCACGGUCAGCGUGGAGCCCAAGUACCACCCAAAGAUCAUUGGCAAGAAGGGGGCAGUCAUCUCCCAGAUCCGUAAGGACCACGAUGUCACUGUCCAGUUCCCGGACAAAGGGGAUGAUUAUCAGGACCUCAUCACGAUCACCGGCUACGAGAAGAAUGCCGAGGGGGCCCGCGACGCCAUCUUGAAAAUCGUGGCGGACCUGGAGGAAAUGGUCAGCGAAGAUGUCCGGUUGGAUCACAGGGUCCAUGCCCGCAUCAUCGGUGGGCGGGGCAAGGCAAUCCGCAAGCUCAUGGAAGAGUUCCGGGUGGACAUCCGCUUCCCUCAGCCAGGCUCCAGUGACCCCGACAGAGUCACGGUGACGGGGCUGCCUGAGAACGUCGACGAUGCGAUAGACCACCUGCUCAACUUGGAAGAGGAAUAUAUGAUGGACGUGGUGGAGACAGAAACCAUGGCUGCGUAUAUGAAGCCCCCCUCCCGCUUAGAAGAGGAGCCCCGGGGCCCAGCCAAGGGCUUCGUGGUGCGGGACGCCCCUUGGAACGCAUCUGGGAAUAAGGCUCCCGACGUGAGCAGCGCCGAAGAGUUUCCAGUCUUCGGCUCAGGCGUCGUCCCCAAGCAGACGUCCGUCUGGGGCCCCAAGAAGUUUUGAGCCGGGGCGGGG